ACGGUGGUUUGUCCCGCUUUUAUGGGGGGAAGGCGAGACUUAUCCACGGCGCAGUCCGCAGAGGGAAACCCGUCCCUCCUUUUUCCUUUGCUCGCUGCGCCCAGCAGCCCCGCCGGCGGGGGGCCAUGCAGAGGUCCCCUCUGGAGAAGGCGAACGUUUUCUCCAAGCUCUUUUUCAGAUGGACAAAGCCUAUUUUGCAAAAGGGCUAUAGACAACGUCUGGAAUUAUCAGAUAUUUAUCAAAUCCCUGCUUCAGAUUCUGCUGAUAAUCUCUCUGAAAAAUUAGAAAGAGAAUGGGACAGAGAAUUGGCCUCAAAGAAAAAACCCAAACUCAUCAAUGCUCUUAGAAGGUGUUUCUUCUGGAAAUUUAUGUUUUAUGGAAUAAUACUAUAUUUAGGGGAAGUUACUAAAUCCGUGCAACCUCUUUUACUGGGAAGAAUAAUUGCUUCUUAUGAUCCUUCUAAUUCACUCGAACGAUCAAUAGCCUACUAUUUAGCCAUAGGACUCUGUCUUCUCUUCAUUGUACGAAUGUUGCUUCUCCACCCAGCAAUAUUUGGCCUUCAUCACAUUGGAAUGCAAAUAAGGAUAGCCAUGUUUAGUUUAAUUUAUAAAAAGAUUUUAAAACUCUCAAGCAGAGUCCUAGAUAACAUAAGUACUGGACAACUUGUUAGCCUCCUUUCGAACAAUUUGAACAAAUUUGAUGAAGGUCUGGCCUUGGCUCAUUUUGUAUGGAUUGCACCUUUACAAGUUGUGCUGCUGAUGGGGCUUCUCUGGGAGAUGUUGCAGGCAUCAGCAUUUUGUGGGCUUGCAUUCUUGAUUCUUAUUGUCUUUUUUCAAGCCUAUCUAGGACGAAUGAUGAUGAAAUACAGAGAUCAGCGAGCAGGAAAAAUCAACGAAAGACUUGUAAUUACCUCAGAAAUGAUAGAGAAUAUACAAUCAGUAAAGGCUUAUUGUUGGGAAGAUGCAAUGGAAAAUAUGAUCGAAAAUCUGCGACAAAGUGAACUGAAGCUGACUCGAAAAGCUGCUUAUGUGAGAUACUUCAAUAGUUCAGCUUUCUUCUUCUCUGGUUUUUUUGUCGUAUUUUUGGCUGUCCUUCCAUACGCACUGAACCAUGGAAUUAUACUUAGAAAAAUAUUUACUACCAUAUCAUACUGCAUUGUUCUUCGAAUGACAGUCACUAGACAAUUCCCUUGGGCAGUGCAGACAUGGUAUGAUUCUCUUGGAACAAUAAACAAGAUACAGGAUUUUUUGCAAAAAGAAGAAUACAAAACACUGGAAUAUAAUUUAACAACCACAGGGCUUGAACUGGAUAAAGUAACAGCUUUUUGGGAUGAGGGAAGUGGAGAGAUCUUUACAAAAACAAAACAGGAGAACGAUAAUAAUAAGAUGUCAUCAACAAAUGGUGGUCUCUUCUUCACUAAUUUCACUCUUCAUUUUACUCCUGUCCUUAAAGACAUCAACUUCAAGAUUGAAAAGGGAGAACUGCUUGCUGUUGCUGGAUCUACUGGAGCAGGCAAGACUUCUCUUCUAAUGCUGAUCAUGGGAGAGUUGGAACCUUUAGAAGGUAAAAUCAAACACAGUGGAAGGAUUUCCUUUUGCCCUCAAGUGUCAUGGAUCAUGCCUGGAACAAUUAAAGAAAACAUAAUAUUUGGUGUUUCUUAUGAUGAAUACCGAUAUAAGAGUGUCAUCAAAGCCUGUCAGUUAGAAGAGGAUAUUUCAAAGUUUGCAGAGAAAGAUGACACAGUUUUAGGAGAAGGUGGAAUAACUCUCAGUGGAGGUCAACGAGCCAGAAUUUCUUUAGCUAGAGCAGUGUAUAAAGAUGCUGAUUUGUAUCUCUUGGAUUCUCCUUUUGGUUAUUUAGACAUGUUAACAGAGAAAGAAAUAUUUAAAAGUUGCAUUUGCAAGCUUAUUGUCAAUAAAACUAGAAUACUUGUCACUUCAAAGUUGGAACACUUAAAGAAAGCAGACAAGAUACUGAUUCUCCAUGGAGGAUGCUGUUAUUUCUAUGGAACAUUUUCUGAACUUCAGGGUCAGCGACCCAACUUAAGUUCUGAGCUGAUGGGAUUUGACCACUAUAAUGCAGAAAGAAGAAACUCCAUUCUUACUGAAACACUGCGGCGUCUCUCUAUUGAUAAUGAUGGCCUGGCUUCACGACAUGACAUGAAAAAAACAUCUUUUAAACAAACAUCAGAUUUUACUGAAAAAAGGAAGAACUCUGUAAUGAAUGCACUAAAUUCUAGCCGCAAGUUUUCUCUCAUGCGAAAAACAUCAUUGCUGGUCAAUGCUAAGGAAGAAGGCCUCGGAGAAGCAGUAGAAAGAAGGUUGUCUUUAGUGCCAGAGACUGAACAAGGGGAGGCAAUUCUGCCUCGCAGCAAUGUAUUAAAUUCAGGACCCACAUUUAGAGGCCAGAGAAGACAAUCUGUACUUAAUUUAAUGACCAGAACAUCAAUUCAUCCAAAUCAAAGCAUUUACAAAAAAGGCAGCAUAUCAGGCAUUCAACGACCUUCUGAAGCAGACAUCUAUGCAAGGCGUUUGUCUCGUGGCAGUCUGGUAGAAAUAACUGAAGAACUUAAUGAAGAUGAUUUAAAGGAAUGUUUCUUUGAUGAUUCAGACACCAUGAAUGCAGUCACUUCAUGGAAUACAUACUUCAGAUAUAUAAGCAUCCACAAAAAAAUGAUUUUUGUAUUAUUUAUAUGUUUUUUUGUUUUUUUAAUUGAGGUGGCUGCUUCCCUGGUUGGGGUAUGGCAUUUCAGGGAAUCUGCUCGUUUGCCUCACCCAAAUACAACAGAAUCAACAAACAACUAUUCCUCUGAAGUACUGGGAAACAGUCCAGUUAUUGUUACUAGCAAUAGCAGCUUUUAUAUCUUCUACAUUUAUGUAGGGGUGGCAGAUACCUUGCUAGCCCUGGGGAUUUUUAGAGGCAUACCCCUAGUACAUACUCUUAUAACAAUUUCUAAAAAACUUCACCGCAAGAUGCUUCAUGCAGUACUUCAGGCGCCUAUGUCUUCCUUCAACAAACUCAAAGCAGGUGGAAUACUUAACAGGUUUUCAAAGGAUAUAGCAAUACUGGAUGACUUAUUGCCACUUACAAUGUUUGACCUCAUUCAGGUUUGUAAAUGUUAUGAUAAAUAUUGCAAAAAUUCAGACAGCAUAAAUCAUGAUUCUUCAGUUAUGUUAGGAUUAUCCUCUAGAAGUCCAAUUUUCACACAUCUUGUUACCAGCUUAAAGGGACUCUGGACAUUGAGAGCUUAUGGAAGGCAACCAUAUUUUGAAACAUUAUUCCAUAAAGCUCUAAAUUUACAUACAGCGAAUUGGUUCCUGUAUUUAUCUACCUUACGUUGGUUUCAGAUGAGAAUAGAAAUGAUUUUUGUAAUCUUCUUCAUCGUUGUGACCUUUGUGUCUAUUUUUACUACAGGUAGCGGGGAAGGAAAAGUCGGCAUUAUUCUUACAUUAGCCAUGAACAUUAUGGGAACAUUGCAAUGGGCUGUUAACACAAGCAUCGAUGUAGACAGUUUGAUGCGGUCAGUGAGUAGAGUAUUUAAAUUCAUUGAUCUGCCAACAGAAGAAUCUAAACCUUUACCAGCAUCAAAAAAUAAGGAGCUUUCUCAUGCUGUCAUCAUUGAAAAUGUGCAUGCAAAGGAAGAACACAUCUGGCCAUCUGGUGGGCAAAUGACAGUGAAGAAUCUUACUGCUAAAUAUGUAGAUGGAGGAUUGGCAGUGUUAGAAAAUAUUUCCUUUUCAAUAGGUCCAGGACAAAGGGUGGGCCUUCUAGGAAGAACUGGCUCAGGGAAAAGUACUUUGCUCUUUGCCUUUUUAAGAAUCUUGAAUACAGAAGGAGAUAUCCAGAUUGAUGGUGUCUCGUGGAACACAAUCCCUGUACAACAGUGGAGAAAAGCAUUUGGAGUAAUACCUCAGAAAGUGUUCAUAUUCUCUGGAUCUUUUAGAAAAAACUUGGAUCCUUAUGGACAAUGGAGUGAUGAAGAACUAUGGAAUGUUGCUGAAGAGGUAGGAAAUGUCCACCUUUGUUCUUUAACUCUUAAGCAAGAUCUUUAUAAGGUACACAUGAAUGAGACUUUCCAAGUCAUUAAAAAGACGCUCAAGCAAGCAUUUGCAAACUGUACAGUGAUUUUAUCAGAACAUAGAUUAGAAGCUCUGCUAGAAUGCCAGCGAUAUUUGGUCAUAGAAGAAAAUAAAGUCAAGCAAUAUGAAACAAUAGAGAAGCUUCUUGAAAAGAAUCCUUUCGGUAAAGCAAUCAGCUAUUCCGAUCGAGCCAUGCUCGCCCCAAUAUAUCCCAGGGACUCAAGCAAGCAAAGGUCAAGGCCUCAAAUCAGUGCUUUGCCAGAGGAAACAGAGGAGGACAUCCAAGAAACCCGGCUGUGAAGAUGCCUCAAGAUGCUGUUGCAUACAGCUUCCUUGAAUUGUUCUGAGAAAAAAUAUCAGAACAAAUGGGAACAGAAAGAACAAGAUUAAAAAUGACGGAACAAGAACAGAUUUAGGAAUUUAAAUUAAUGAAUGUGUGAUCUGUCUGCAUAAAAUGCUUUACAAUGCUAGGGUCAAAUUAAGUAUCAAGGACAUAUAUGUCAGACCUGAUCCCAAAGAAUUUUUUCAUGAAAUAUCUUCUUUUUACAGACAUGGGAUGAUCAGGAUGAUAAUCAAGUUUUUAAAGUUCAUAAAUUGAAUUUUUAAAUAUCACAGUACAUAUUUUUACAGUAUGUGAAUGUCAUACAAAACAAGCAUAAUUUGCACUUGUAUUUUAAUCUACAGUAAAUCCAUAAGCAAGUUUGAUUCUAAAGGUCUGUUGUUGUUGUUUUUAUCAGAGAACAGACCAGGGACAAAGCAUAUAUCUUUUGCAAUCAUUGCAAAAGGGGUCAUUAACUGUAUUUAUUGCUGUGCAAAUUAUAGAUAUGUCAGCCAAAAUGAACAUUUAUGUUCUGGAUUAACAUAAAUACAGGAAUUAGCAGCUCUUAGUUUUUGACAAAAUUGGGCAUUUAAAUAUUCAAAAGAACAUAAAUUUAAUUAGGGAUUUUAAAAUUGUUUUUCCUAUGUAUGAAAAGGACAUGGAAAAAAUGUAAUUGAAAGGUAUACAGUUUUUGUAAUGCAAAUACAUGAAAGCUGAAUAACUUUAAAAAACAAAGUUACAUCUAUUCAUGUGGUAGACAUUAUAUUUAAUUUUAAAUAUAUUAUCUGUUAUAAUAGCCAGGAAAAUAUGAAUUUAAAAAUAAGAAGAUGCAAUUAAUGAAUUGCAUUUGUGUUGCUCUGUAAUAAUUCAACUUUGUUGGUAUUUGGUCCAUUCUGUUUGUCAGAUUAAUAUCUUCCUAUAUGAGAGGAAAGACAUCAAGUUGUGCUGUGUACCCUUUGCUAGACUGCUCCUGUAAGAUACAGUAGCUGAUGCUUCAUAACCAUUGUAAAAGAAAGGGUUAAUUGCUAGUCUACUUCUCUAUUGAGUAUGGAUCAGGAGCAAUUAGCAUUUAUUGUUUUUAUAGACAGCAAAAUGAGUCUGGGCAUUGUUUUCAGUUUUUAAAAUUUAACAUUGUUUUUAAUUUUUAGAAUUUGUAAUUUUUUAGUGGAAAGAAAAAAAAUUACUUGACUUUUGUGAUCUUUUAUACCACACUAUUUUAUAGUUAACUGAAAUUUCUCUAGCAUAUUUAUUUCAUAACUUUAUUAAAAGUUACUGUGGCAGUCCUUUAAUAAGAAUGUUCUAUAUUUUAGAAAUAAAAUGUAUUACAAAUUGUAUUGGAAUUCAAAGGGCCAUCACAAUUGUUUUUAUUUUACAUUUUUAUACGUUUAGAGAAAAAUCUGUAAUGAAAAUCCUAGCUACUAACUGCUGCAUUACACAUUUUGCUUAUUUUUGUCAUCUUAAUUGUUUUAAUGUGCAGUAUUGACAUUGAUCCUGAUCAAUGAAGUUGUGUAAUGCAACACCUUGAGACCAAUUUUUAUUUUAUUUUAUUUUAUUUCUACAGUGAGUUUAGCUGUAGUCUUGAUUUGGUAGCCAGGGUUGAAAUCAGAUCAGCAGUGUCACAAGGCAGUUCUUGACCUAUCCUGGUCCUAUGCUUUAGAUCUUUUUAAGCAAUCGGUAGCAUUUUAUUUGGAUCCAAAGGCCUACCAGCAAUUACCACAAUGACUUCAACAUUGGUGUUUCUUUGCUGAUCUGUUUUGUAAAGUUCUGGCCAUCCUAUUCUCUACAACCUGCAGCUUCUGAGGUAGA